AUGAGGACGCUAGUCGCCCUUUGUCUUUUAGGAUGUAUUCUUGUCGUUUGUUCAGGCCGAGAAAUCGGUCAGAAAGAAAGUGACUUAGUAGCUGCUGCUAGUGAUCACAAAGGUCAUCACCACGAAGAGGGUGGCGGCAAGAAACAUCACGCAGAACACCAUCAUGAGCAUGGUGAGAAGGGCCACAAGGGACAUAAAGGACACCAUCAUCACCACAAAGGCGAACAUGGAGAACAUCACAAGCACCAUCAUGCAGGCCAUCACCACGAUCACAAGGGAGAACACAAGAAACACUGGGAUGAACACGAUCACCACGGAAAGCACCACGAACAUGGACAUCACCACAAGGGGGGUAAACACCAUCAUAAAAAACAUCAUGACAAAGGCGAGGAAACCGAAGGCUACCAUAAAAAGUACCACAAGGACGAGUACCACAAAGACCAUCACUUCUACGACGAUCACCACAAAGAAGGCAAGCAUCAUAAGCAUGGCGACCAUCAUGGACACCACAAGAAACAUGGAGGACAUCAUAAGAAAGGAGGCCAUCACCAUUCCGGACAUGACGAACACCAUCACGGCAAGAAAGGCCACCACGACAAGCACCACUACGACGAAGACCACAAAGGACAUAAAGGCCACCACGGCCACGAGGAACACCAUCAUGACCACCAUGACCAUGGAAAGAAAGGCGUUUUAGAAAUGAAGUUAAUGUUAUGGACGGUGCUGCUGGCAUGUGCGCUAGCAUCAUCGCUGGGCCGAAACUUUGGUCUCACCGACAAUGAAAGCAAAGCGAAUGGCGCGGUUGUUGGAGCCGUGGAAACUGCCGGCCUCGUCGCUGGAAAAGCGAAGAUCGACCAAAUAACUGCGGGCACGGAAAAGAAGGAAGCCAAAAGUACUAAUCAAGAAUCGGGUGGCGGCCACGAGCAUCAUGCGCAUCACCAUAAAGACAAUGAGGAAAAGGGAGACAAGGGCUAUAAGUCGCAUCAUCAUCACGACAAAGGAGAACACGGCCACAAGGAGCACCAUCACCACGAAGGUCAUCACGACGAGCACGGAGGACACAAGAAGAAGCAUCAUGACGAGCAUGAUCACCAUGGAGAACAUCAUGAAGCCGCGCAUGGUCAUAAAGGUGGCAAAUUUGGCCACAAGAAGGGACAUAAGAAGGGUUCGAAGACCACUGGCUACCAUCAUAAGUCUCACAAAGACGAAUACCAUAAGGAACAUAAGUUCUACGACGACUUCCACAAGGGUGGACAUCAUCACAAGCACGGUGACUUCCACGGCCAUCACGAUAAGAAAGACGGCCACCACAAGAAAGGCGGACAUCACGAAAAGGGACACCACGAGAAACAUCACGGCAAGAAGGGUCAACACGACAAAGGGCACUACGACGAAGACCACAAGGGACACAAGGGCCAUCAUGGCCACGAGGAACAUCACGCACACCAUCACGAGCACGGUAAAAAGGGCGGACAUGCGGGCGGAAAGGAGCAUGGAUACAGCCAUGGAAAGAAAGCUUAAUAAUAUCGUAUUACUUUUAGUUUGUUACGUUUUGAACCAAAUCAUUG